AUGCUCCCCACUUACAUCCCAGUUCAAAAGGUUAAGGCCAAGAAUGGCAUUGUCUACGCCUACCGCCGGUUGGGUCCGGCGAGGGGCAUCCCUCUUGUGUUGCAUAUGCAUGUGCGAGCCUCGAUGGGCUACUGGGAUCCCGUCUUCAUCCGCCCGCUUAUGGCAAAACGCCCAGUCAUCAUGUUCGACCCUCCCGCGGCUGGGCAGAGCAGCGGUGACACCAAGCGCACGCCGACUGACAUAAACAUCAUGGGUGAUGACCUGAAUGCGUUCCUCGAUGCUCUCUCACUCGAGCUAAUUGAUCUCCUGGGGUUCUCGAUCGGGAGCAUGGCCUGCCAGAUGGCCACCCUCGCGAGACCCGAGCGAGUGAGACGUUUGAUUCUCGUCGGGGCUGAUCCUUCGGGACCCAUUCCCGGGGAGCAUUUCUGGCCUCGCACCGACCCCAACCUCGAUCGUUUCCUGACGCUGCAGCAGAGCGCCACUGAGGAGGACUGGCAGGCUGCUUACACGCUGACAUUCUUCCGGGACGACGACCAGGGCAGAACCGCCGCGGGGGCCUACUUCCGGCGCCUGCGGGAGAGCGAGUUCAACGAACGGGCUGCCGAGGGCGGGCUGCCGGCCUUCAACGACGUGGAGAGCUUCAUGAUCCAACUGAAGUGCAUCAAGGACUGGUGCGCGCCGGGCGACAGGAGCAAGCAUUCCUUCUACAGGCUGGCCGAGCUCACCAUGCCCGUGCUUGUCAUGACCGGCGACGACGACUACCUAGUUCCCACGCCCCGGAGCUACGAGCUGAUGGAUGGGAUCCCCAACUGUAUGCUGGUCAUCUGGCCCCGCGCCGGGCACGCGUCCAUCUGGCAGUACGCCGAGAAUUGCGCCGCGAAGGUCAAUGAGUUUCUGGAGAGUGAUAUGGAAAGGUUUGCGGAACCGAGACUGUAG